UAUAAUCAUUUUGUAACAAACAAUGUGGGUUAUGAAAUCAACUAUGGAUAUUGAGUCUUCUUCUUCAUCACUUUCACCCACAACACCAUUCACGAAUAUGACUCCUCGCGAGAUGCUCAUUCACCUAGCCUCCUCUAACCCCGUCGUUAUCUUCAGCUCAACCGAUUGUUGCUUUUCCACCGUAGCCAAGAAUCUCCUCUUCAGUCUCGGUGUCGGUCCCACCGUCAUCGAGCUCGACGUUCAUCACUAUGGCUCUUCCAUCCAUGCUGCCCUCUGCCAGCUUUGUGGUGAAACCCGCCAGCCGCUCCCUGCUGUCUUCGUCGGCGGAAAGUUUUAUGGUGGUGUUCAGACCCUCUUGGCUGAUCACAUCAAUGGCACACUCAUUCCUCUUCUUAAGGAUGCUGGUGGUCUUUGGCUUUGAUUAAUUUUAUUUCAUGCAAUGCAAAAUAUUUAAUUUAUAGGAUUAAUUAGAAUAUAUUGUAGUUGCAAUUGUGAAAUUUAUUAUGUUAAGAAUAUUUUAUGAU